UGGAGCUAUGAACAUUUUUCAUGCCUAAAGUCAUGCCAUCUGAGUCAUUUAAUUGGUACCCGGUGGACACGGGUAUAGAGAGAGAGAGAGGCAGCAUUCCAAUAUCGCCAGCUCCUUAUUGUGUAGCUUACUAUAGCACACUGCGCUGUGUGUGGUGGUGGGCGCUUGCAUCCACGCGAAUUGCGUGGACUGGACAUUUCGAAAAGUAAUGACUGCAAAAGUCGUUGCUUUCUAAAUUUAAAUUUGUAUAUUUGUAAAUGCUGCAACACAAGGCACGACCGGGAAACUGCUCCCACGGAUUUAUGAUUAGGGGACAAUAGGUAGGCAAAAGUUUGGACCAGUCACGUCUCUGCUUCACAUGUAGACAGCAAAGCCAAGACACCACGAAGCGUUUCAAAGGACUUACCCUGUGACCAAAAGCAAACAAUAGACCAUCUGAAACGUUUCCAGCUACGACAUUCUUUUUUUUCCAAGCUUGUGUUGUCAGGUAAGCUUGCUUUGCAUAACCUAAUCCGAUUCACUGUGAAUUCUAUCAGGUGAUUUUUUUGUUGUUGUUGUCAGAUCUAUACUUUGUGCCAGACUUAUUUUGUCCACAAUGAUAACUCGUCCUUACACUACGUGUGUUUGGCCACUGAUUUUACACAGCAAAGUUGCAUGGGCAUUGAAAAGUUUUAUUUCUAAGUCGGAUGUCUUAUUCACCCUCUGUCUUAGCCUAUAUUGCAAUGACUGGUUAAGCAACUAGAUUGCGGGGGAGAUGAUGAAUUUGUCAGAAUUUGACAGGUUAACUGUCAAUUUCUUUGUCAGGAAUAAAUGAUCACCUCAGCCAGACUCUCUCCAGAUAAACCUGAAGUUAGAAUCGCCUUCAGUCUCGACAGGACCUCAGAGUUAAGCGAUGCAGAGGAAAGCCUGCCCACGUUUCCUGAGCUCGAGCAGCGCUUGCAGCCAGUUCUGCCAUGCCAGGCUUUGAAGGAGUCUGUCCAAGUCUACAAGGACCACUGCAAGAUGGCCAGAGAAUUCCGACAAGUCAAAAUUGAAAUCGCUCAGCUUGAAGACAGAAAGAAUGAGCUGAUAGCGGAGCUGGUGGAGGACGACCAGGUGCGGGUGGAGCUGGACCAGCUGAACGAGGAGUUCCGCAUCUUGGCCGAGGAGAACCGCACGCUGGUCACGGUGCACUCUGAGCGGGCGCAGCAGCUGGAGACGCUGAGGGGCGUCAGCCAGAAGAGGCAGGGCUCCUCGUGACCCCUGACCUCCACACGCCACUGAGCUGAUGGGGAGCAGAGCGGAGGAGAGUGGAGCGGAGCGGAGCGUAGGAGAGCUGGUGUUCAGAUGUCCAGAUGGGCUGCGUUUCUCGACAGCAUCGUUGCAGACUAAUAUAGCAACUAUGACCACUAGAUGCCCCCCUGUUCAGCCUUAAAAAAAAAAAAGAUAUUUUUUUGGUCCUUUCGAUUUUAUUUCUUGAAAAGACAGUAGGAGAGGCAGACAGGAAGCGAAUGGAGAGAUAUGGGGAAGGGUCGGCAAAGGGACCGGGCCGAACUCGAACCCAGGUCGCCAGUGUAGCAGCCCAGUGCCCUACUGUUACAGCCACGGUAGGGCCCGUGUUGAGCCUUUUGGAUGGCCCAACGCUGGGCGCUGCUGCCGUGGGCCGGUAUCCUGUUAUUUCUCAUAGAAGUCACCGCUACUUACAGGAAAUUGUGCAUAUUGCCUUCUCACCAUCUUUUUUUUGGCAGGGGGCUUUUGUACUUCAUUUAUGAUAGGACAUUGACAGAGGGACAGGAAACCAGUGGGGAGAGAGAGACGGGGACGGACUAGCAAAUGACUUAGGCCGGAAUCGAACCCGGGUCGCCGGUGUAGUAACCUAGUUCUAGUACUUCUCACCAAUUAAUGCCAGCAAUACACCGGCUAAAAAUGGCGGCAAUCUGAUUUCGGCCAUUCUUUCCAAUACAAACGAGUGGUCAACGCAGCAUCUAGUGUUCAUAUCUGUGGGUUGUAGUGUAAUUUCCCAUUAGCAACCUACUAAGUUGCUAACUGGUUAGCAACAAUGCUCUCGAGAAAAAUGGUCCAGGUGGGCUAUCUUCGUUGAGAUGGGAUACUUUCGCUGCUACCAACAGGCUGUUAACACAGCUCAAAGCCCUAACCAUUCGUUCACAUAUGGGCAGAAUCCGGCAACGGAUACCACUGACUUUGAAUGGGGUGGGCGCAAAAUGAAUUGUGGGACUGUGUGUUCCCUCAAUUCUGUUGCCUCCACCAAAAGGUUCAGAAUUUUCGACUUUUCAGGCUGUGACGAGUCUGUCAGCCAAUCAGACUGCAUGGAUGCAUGUAACACAUGAAGGGUGCAUUCCAUUAUCCUAACUCCUGUCCUCGACCUGUGUUUGUGACCUUGCGCUUCGCUGACGCCCCAGCUCAGGGGAGAAAACAAUAUAGUUUACCUGCUGUCAGCCUAGCCACAACAACUUUUGUGGGACUUUUCCCCUAAGCAACAUCCAGAUUGCAAAUGAGAAAUCAGCCUUUGAGUUGCGCUUUCGCGAGAUAUUGAAUUAAACUUCUGUUGUCAGUGACGUCUGGUGACGUCAUCACUAGGCCACAAACACAAGGAAGGACGGGUGUUUGGAAAAUGGAACGAAUGCGAAAAGACAACUAAUCCCUCAGACACGCCUACCGUCAUCUGUCGACAGGCGGUGCCUGUGUGAACGAAUAAUUACUCUAACCUAGUGCUUCUCAACGGGGGCUCUACAGCCCCCAAGGAGGCAUUGGGAAGCUGCUCAGCAAAAGUAGCGAUGCGCCAUCACAAACACGACCAAUGGGCUCAUUCGUGAUGAAGCAGUGCUGCGCCAACUGAGCAGAAAGCAUGCUCAAUGCAACAUUAUGAUGCAUUCUGGUUAGAAAAUUCUAACCAGAAUGCAUUGAAAUGGCAAUGUGCACAUGUGCACUGCUCAGCAAAAGCAGCACUGCGCCAACAAGCUUAGUGGCUUGGUUGCUCAGCUUGACAGGUAGCUCAUAUCGACGCAACACCGCACCGCAGGAGGUCGGUCAGUCUGCUCAGUGACUUGUGGAGGCUCACCAAGGGGGGGGCUUGGAGAUGUGGUCCAAAACUGCAUUGCCUGCAUCACCACCUUACUGUACACAUUUUGUUUGUGACCACUGUGGAAAGGCUUGUGUCCCAUCUUUUAUUUAUCAUUUGUCUGUUUUGGCAGCCUAGUGCAAAUAAAAUAAAAUAAAAUUCUGACAGCUUUGCUUCAGAUGUAAUGUAUUUCCAUCAGAAUGA